UUGGUUUGUACAGCUUAGCUCUGAUCCUGAGGUCAAAUAGCAAGGGGGGCUGGCGUUCUCUCUCCUCUCCAUUUCCUUUCCUUCGCUGACAGAAUGGCUGUCCAUUGUUCAGACUGCCAACGUUGCUGUGGCAGCACUUGUAAACAUUCUCUCUAGGAACCUUGGGGCAGAGCUGCUGAGAGACUGCUAAAGCUUCCUCUGCUACUCCUUCAAAGAACCUGCUCAUUUAGGCAAAAUAAAAUGAAUAACAAAAAAAAGCCCCCAAACCAGAAGGCGAAGACUGUGGAGAACACUAGCACAGCCAAGGCAAAGAAACCGGAGGCGCCAGAGCCCAAGAAUGUUACAGAACCAAAAGAUAGUAAGGCCGUGGAGGACCCAAAGAAGUCUGGGACAAAUCAGAAAGAGAAGAAAACGGUGACCAUCGUUGCAGACCCAAAGGACAAAAAGAGUGUGACGGAACCAAAAGAAAAGAAGACUGUGACGAUCUCAGAUCCCAAAGACAAGAAACCUGUGAUAGAGAAAGACAAGAGGACGGUGACAUUUGUGACAGACGUAAAAGACAAGAGGAUUGUGACCGACACAAAAGAAAACAGGAUUGCAUCAAUAGACACAAAAGAAAAGGGUCCAGUAGUGCCAGAAGUAAAAGAGAAGAAAGUGCAGCUGAUAGAUCCGAAAGAGAAGGUGGUUGCACCGGUUGCGCCAGUUGCGCAUGCUGCCCAGGUUCCGCAUGCUGCCCAGGUUCCGCAUGCUGCCCAGGUUCCGCAUUCCGCCCACGUUCCGCAUGCUGCGCCGGUUGCGCAUGCUGCCCAGGUUUCGCAUGCUGCGCCGGUUGCGCCUUCUCUGCCUGUUGUGCCACCUGCGCCGGUUGUGCCACUUGCGCCAGUUGUGCCACCUGAGCCAGUUGCUCAUACUGAACCGGUAGCACAUGCUGCGCCGGUUGCGCCACCUGCGCCGGUUGCGCCACCUGCGUCAGUUGCGCCACCUGUGCCAGAUGCUCCCGUUGCGCUAGUUGCGCCAGUUGCUCCACAAGUGAAACAGAAGAUUCGGGUGUCGGAGGUGAAGCGGAAAAAGGAAGUGCCACCACGUGUGCCCCAGUUAAAGGAAAUGAAGGUGGUGUUAUUCACACCAGACAUAAAAGAAAGAAAGGUUGUGUCUGAGAUCAAAGAGAAGACACAAGUAAUAGAUGGAAAAGAGAAGAUAAUUGUACCAGAGGUAAAAGAGAGAAAGCCUGCAUUUGUAGAGAAAAAAGACGAGAGGAUGAAUGAGAUAGCUCGGACUGUGGUUGAGGGCGUACUGGAGGAUGCUGUUCAGUUUGUGGAAGAAGCCAGAAAUCCCAUCAAGAACAUCAAGUGGCUCACUCAUGGGGAAUUCACGGUAGAAAAGGGUCGAAAACAAAUUGAAAAGUUUGUUUCAACAUGGGAGUUUCAAAACCGCUGGGUGUACUAUGCAGAUUUUAUAGAGAAGAAAGACCUAAUUCACUCCUUCCACUAUAUCUACCGGGUGCGCUGGAGUGCCCCCACUGCUGUGAGACCCAUGGCACGAGUCAGUGCCAACGCCUACUUCACCAUCAAGUUCAACAAGAGCAAACCUUCGGAUAUGCCCGUUGAUGUCUCUUAUAUGUUUGAGAAUUCAGAACUACUUCAAAGGCCAGGAAAGAUUCGAUUUCGAGAACAAUGGCUGAGGGACAUUACUGAGACCAAACAUAUUUUGUUGGAGUCUAUCCCUUUUAAAGUUCUCUGAUUCCUGUGUUAUGUUUGAGGAUGUUUUACAACCGACAUUAAAAAUAUGAAACAGCAUAUCAAAUCACAUAAUAUUUAUUGAAUAAUAAACUCAUGGCACAUAA